AUGUCCGACAAAAACGACAAAAACCCCAAAGACGAUGCGCAGUCACGACAAGCAACCAAACGACUCCGCCAACUCUCCUCACACCUACCUCCCGACUACUCCGACGUCCUCUCCCACAUCAACACUCUUCGCACACUAGCCUCCACCCCCGACUCAUCUCGCAGAGGCUAUAUCCGCCAAAAGCAAGCCGGGAAGCUAUGGGUUCGCGAACGCCUUGAACAACUCCUAGAUCCCGAUAGUUUCCAAGAAAUCGGCUCGCUCUCGGGCACUGUAACAUGGGAGAAAACAGGACCUAUGCGCGAGAAGCCCGUUUCUUUUACCCCGAGUAAUAAUGUCCAGGGAGCGGGGAAAUUGCGUGGUCGAAGGGUUCUUCUAACAGCGGAUGAUUUCACUCUCCGGAGUGGACAUGCGGAUGGAGCUUCGCAUGGUAAAACGAUCUAUCUGGAGAAGCUGGCAUUGGCGCUGAGGUUGCCGGUUGUCAAGUUGGUGGAUGGGAGCUCUGGAGGAGGCAGUGUUACUACUAUUCGCACGGCUGGUUGGAGUUAUUUGCCGUAUGUGUCAAUGUAUAGGCACGUUGUUGAGCAGCUGAAUCAGGGGAUUCCGAAUUUGGGGGCUGUGGUGGGGCCGGCUAUCGGACUGGGAGCUGCGCGAGUAGUGUCCUGCCAUUUCUCCGUCAUGGCAGCGGAUGUUGGAUCGCUCUUCAACGCAGGCCCAGAAGUAGUCAAGGGAGCCACGUUUGAGGAAGGUCUGGACUUUCAAACUCUAGGUGGCCCAAUGAUUCACUGCACGAAUGGAACCAUCGACAAUCUAGCCACCAAUGAAGCUGAGUGUUAUGAGCAGCUGCGCACCGUACUGAGCUAUUUGCCCAACACUGGCCGGGAGGCACCGCCAGUCAUUGCCGCUGACGAUCCAGAAGACCGCGAGGAUGAGUCGCUGCGCCGGAUUAUCCCUCGGCGGCAGACGCGCAUGUACAAUCCGUGGACUAUUAUCACCAGCGUCGUGGACAAGGGGUCAUGGUUCGAGAUUGGUGCGCUCUGGGGUCGCACUGCUAUCGGGGGUCUGGCGCGCCUGGGAGGGCGGCCGGUGGGCGUGAUAUCGCUCAACUGUGAGGUGAACGGGGGAGCUCUGGAUGCAGCCGGGAGCCAGAAGCUUGCGCGGUUACUGAAGCUCUGUGAUGUGAUGAAUCUGCCGGUUUUGCAGUUUAUUGACGUUCCGGGCUAUGCUAUCGGCACCGUUGCAGAACGAACCGCCACUAUGCGCUGGGGAGUAGAAUUAGGCAAGACGUAUUUCACUACGACGAUUCCCUUAUUCAAUGUAAUUACGCGACGAGCCUAUGGCGUGGCUGGAGGUCUUAUGCUCGGAGCGCGCGACCCGGUCAUGCAAGUCGCUUGGCCGUCCGGUCAAUGGGGGUCCUUACCAUUGGAAGGCGGGAUUGAGGUCGCACAUCGCCACGAGCUGCGCGAGGCAGAGAAAGUAGGACAGAAGGAAGCCCGAUAUAAGGAGCUAGAAGAGGAGUAUCGAAGGCUGAUGAAUCCGGUGCGGACGGCGAAUGCGUUUGGCGUUGAGGAGAUCAUUGACCCGAAGGAUACUCGGCGGGUGUGUUGCGCAUGGGCGCAGCAUGUAUAUGAGGUUAUGAUCCCGGAGAGGCUGGCCGACCGUGCAGCAGGAAAGAUUCAACCGGUUUUUAUGUAG